GCCCUGGGCUGCGGGGCUGGGCGGUCGCCUGCCUUCCCAGCGGCCCCGUGCGGCCCGGGCAUGCCCAGUGCGGGCGCAGCGGCCCGGGCCCUGGGAGCGCCCGGGCGGCAGUGGGCGGCCGGGCGCCGAGGAGUGGAGGGGCCCCGCGAGGGGCCGGGAAGCGGGCUGGAGCCGAACGCGGCGGCGGAGCUGAGGGGUCCUUCAUGAUGAAAGUCCAGGGGCCACAGCGCUCUCUUCUGUGUAGUUGGUAGCUGGUGGUGACGAGAUGGCUGACAGUGUCAAGACCUUUCUCCAGGACCUGGCCCGGGGAAUCAAAGACUCCAUCUGGGGAAUUUGUACAAUCUCCAAAUUAGAUGCUCGAAUUCAGCAGAAAAGAGAAGAGCAGCGCCGAAGACGGGCAAGCAGUGUCCUGGCACAGAGGAGAGCUCAGAGCAUCGAGAGGAAGCAGGAGAGUGAGCCCCGGAUUGUCAAUAGAAUUUUCCAGUGCUGUGCUUGGAAUGGCGGAGUGUUCUGGUUCAGUCUCCUCUUGUUUUAUCGAGUGUUCAUUCCUGUUCUUCAGUCAGUGACAGCCCAGAUUAUUGGUGACCCAUCACUGCAUGGAGAUGUCUGGUCGUGGCUGGAAUUCUUCCUCACAUCCAUUUUCAGCGCUCUCUGGGUGCUCCCGCUCUUUGUGCUUAGCAAAGUUGUGAAUGCUAUAUGGUUUCAAGACAUAGCUGAUCUUGCAUUUGAGGUAUCAGGGAGGAAGCCUCACCCAUUCCCUAGUGUCAGCAAAAUCAUUGCUGAUAUGCUCUUCAACCUCUUGCUCCAGGCGCUUUUCCUCAUUCAGGGGAUGUUUGUUAGUCUCUUUCCCAUCUAUCUCAUUGGUCAACUGGUUAGUCUCCUGCAUAUGUCCCUUCUCUACUCACUGUAUUGCUUUGAAUAUCGUUGGUUUAAUAAAGGAAUUGAAAUGCACCAGCGGUUGUCAAACAUAGAAAGGAAUUGGCCUUACUAUUUUGGAUUUGGUUUGCCCCUGGCUUUCCUCACUGCAAUGCAGUCCUCAUACAUUAUCAGUGGCUGCCUCUUCUCUAUCCUCUUUCCUUUAUUCAUUAUCAGCGCUAAUGAAGCAAAGACCCCUGGUAAAGCCUACCUUUUCCAGUUGCGCCUCUUCUCCUUGGUGGUUUUCUUAAGCAACAGACUCUUCCACAAGACGGUCUACCUGCAGUCUGCCCUGAGUAGCUCGGUCUCUGCAGAUAAGUUCCCUUCACCACAUCCAUCUCCUGCCAAACUGAAGGCCACUGCAGGCCAUUGAGUUGCCUGGCAUCUGGAGGGGCGGGUGGGAGUGGAAGAGACCAAGGCAGCUCUUUCCUGUGUUCACCUUCCCACCGGGGAAGGCACGACCCGCUCCGCCGAGGGCCCACUGCCUAUUCCCAAUCUCUGAGAAAUUGGAAUUCUUGUCUCUGGUACAAGGAAGGCUGCAGCCUCUUCCUGAAACCAGCAUGUGGAUUUUUAACACCAGUUAGGACCUCGGGUUUCUGCAGCUCUUUUCUAGCAUUUUCCAGCCAGCCCCUGUGCCUGGACCCACGUGAGGAAGUUGUUUUCCCUGUGCCAUCUCUCCCUACACCCCAUCCCCCCCCACCUGCCACCCACUGCCCUGGGACCCUGGGACAAAUGGAUUUUAUAAUUCUAGCUGUUGUAUUUUGUGACUUGUUAUUUUUAUUGUUGUUUUCCUGUGAAGCACAUAUAUCAGAUGUUUGGGGGGCUGAAGGAGUCUCUCAGCCACUCCUGCCACUCCCUUACAGCCAUCACUGUCUUGUUUCUUGUAACUCAGGUUAGAUUUUGGUCUCUGUUUGGUCCACUGCAAAAAACAAGUCUGAAAACAUGGGACAGGAGGAAAGAUCUCACAGCCAGGUCUGCUGGGAUUUGAAGAGUGAUUUCUUCUCUUCCUCUAGUGGGGAAGAAUGCUUUCCUCUCUGGUACUUUUCUCAGUUUCCCAGCUACAGGGAGGUACCAGUUUUGGACAUGUGCCACUGUAACACAGAAUGCUCAAGAGAAGCUGAAUUUGUAAUCUCUAAAGGUCUAAAUUCACUGUUGGCUACUGCUGUUCUGUCUGGUAUUUCAAAGGAAUAUGGGGUAUUGCAAAUAGGAACUGAAAGGAUAAACUUAUUAAACCUG